UUCCUGCAACCGACACCGAAGCCGAUGUACCCAAGACGACCGAACUCGACCGUCUGCUCUUGGUCCUACUCGUAGACCUUCCUUCUCCAAGCUUGAAGCCGACCCGAUCAAGCUUGGCGUUGCCUCUGGGCACCGUCUCCUGCCAUGGAAAAAUUAUUAGGCAAAGUCAGCUUACAAUUUCAGAUAUUGCCCGAAAGGCAUUACUUCAUAGUCAUUUCAUGGAGGGACAUGCAAGUAGUGGCCCGAUACCUCGGCUGCCACUUAUCACUGUUUCUGAUGCAAAUCAUCAACUGAGAGAUGUUCCAGUUUGUAAGCCAAUCCAUUUGGAACUGAAUUUCUUCAACAAAGAGAAUCAUGUCCUACGCUAUCCUGUGAGAGCUUUUUAUUUAGAUAGCUUCAACUUGAUGGCAUAUAACCUAUCAUCAGGAGCAGAAAAUAUCUACAAGAAACUUUACUCAACGAUUUCUACACCUAUAGAAUGCUUUCCUGUUAAUAUGCUUUACAGUUCAAAGCAACACUUGUUUAUUGUUGUGUUUGAAUUAAGCGGCCCUGCGGGUUCCGUACAUGAAGUUGUUCUUAAGACUGAGGUACAGUCAUUUUACUGUAAAGGAACUUCACUAAGAGGUCGAGAUGCAGCAUUUAUUGGUCCAAAUGAGAAUCAAUAUGCCAUACUGGAUGAAGAAAGAACAAGUCUUUCUUUGCAUAAGUUUCAAGGGUUGACUCUCCUAGAGCAAAACAGGAAUAUUGAAUCAAUGGAAGAAAACAAAGUUGCUUCAAAUCAAAGCCCUGCGCAGUUUCUAUUUGAAAAAGAGGUUGAUCGAAUUUUUUCUGUUCCAUUAGAUGGAACCAUUUUAUAUGCUAUUUCGGGUAAACAUAUUGCUCUGGUGGAGCUCCGCCAGGAAUAUCGUUUGUUAACUGAUAAUGGCUAUCUUAUCUCGACCAAAACUGAUGACAAGAAGCGUAUAAAGCUAAGGAGAAACGAGAGCGUUUACCAGGUUUACUGGCAAGAUACUCUCAGAGGUUAUGUGGCGGGGAUAUUGACAAGUCAAAGAGUUUUAAUUGCAUCUUCAGGUCUAGAAAUAAUAUCUAGCACGUCAACAAAAUUAGACCAAGGAGUUCCUCCAUUUCGAUCCCUUCUGUGGCUUGGACCAGCGCUUCUCUUCUCAACUGCAACUGCAGUAGGGGUUCUUGGGUGGGAUAGCAGAGUUCGGACUAUUCUUUCUAUAAGUAUGCCUUGUUCAGUUCUACUUGGCACAUUGAAUGACCGCCUAUUGUUUGUGAACCCAACAGACAUAAACCUCAAACAGAAAAAGGGGGUUGAGAUCAGGACUUGUCUUGUUGGUCUUCUUGAGCCCCUUCUUAUUGGAUUUACCACAAUGCAACAACACUUUGAGCAAAGGAUUGAUCUUCCUGAAAUCUUAUACCAAAUAACGUCAAGGUUUGAUAGUUUGUACAUCACUCCAAGGUCCUUGGAUAUCUUAGCAAAUGGCGGCCCAGCUUGUGGUGACCUUGCUUUGUCAUUGUCCCAAGCAGGUCCUCAAUUUACUCAGGUACAGCGUUGCGUCUAUGCAAUCAAAGCUCUUCGUUUCCCUACUGCUUUAUCUGUUCUAAAGGAUGAGUAUUUGCGCUCCAGAUAUUAUCCACAGUGCCCUCCAACUUCAAAUUUGUUUCAUCGCUUCCAACAAUUGGCACAUGCAUGCAUUAUGUAUGGUCAGUUUGACAGUGCAAAAGAGACUUAUGAAGUAAUUUCAGACUUUGAAAGCAUGCUAGAUUUGUUUAUUUGUCACUUAAACCCAAGUGCAAUGCGGUGGCUUGCUGAGAGGUUGGAAGAUGCUGCAACUAAUUCUGAGCUUCGGAGGUACUGUGAAAGAAUUCUAAGAGUCCGCUCUACUGGAUGGACUCAAAGCAGCAUGUUUGCCAAUUUUGCUGCUGAAAGUAUGGUCCCCAAAGGGCCUGAAUGGGGAGGUGGAAACUGGGAGAUUAAGACAACAAUAAGUAUCAAGAAUAUUCCUCAGUGGGAGCUAGCAGGGGAAGUUACGCCCUACAUGAAGACUGAUGAUGGUGGCAUUCCCUCCAUCAUAGCAGAUCAUAUUGGUGUCUACUUGGGUGCAAUUAAGGGAAGAGGCAAUGUGGUGGAAGUAAGUGAAAAAAGUUUGGUUAGAACAACCACAACAGCUAGCAGCGAAAACAACGGUUCAGCCAUUUCUGCAGUUAUAUCCUCGAAUAAUAAUACUGGAAAAACAAGUGAUACAAAAGUUGGCUCUCAUGUGGAUAGUCUAGAUAAACCAUUGUCAGGUGCUGGCGCUCUUCUAGCUGAACAGACAAAAGCAGAAGAAGAGUUCAAAAGAUCUUUGUAUGGUCAAUUCAAUUGUUGUAGUAGCGAUGAAGAUGAAGCAACAUCAAAGACAAAGAAGAUCAAUAUAAGAAUUCGUGACAAGCCAGUUUCAGAUUCCGCAGUUAAUAUCAAUAAGCUAAAAGAAGCUACAAAACAGUUUAAGAUUGGUGAUGCUCCGAGGAGCAAGUCAAUAUCACGAGGAAGCCAGGAUAUUUCACCUCUUUCACUAUUACCAGCUCCUACCACCACUACAUUUGCCUGUUCUUCCAUGCGAUCACCACCUGCUGAUGCGUUUAAAACUGAUAUAUCAACACCUGCAACGCAGGCAAGCUCAAGGGUUGGGGCCAUGGGCGUGUCUGCAGAUCCUAUUCCAGAAGACUUCUUUGAAGAUACAAUAUCUGCUAUCCAUGUUGCUGCUUCAUUGCCCCCACCUGGUUCAUACUUAUUGAAAAUGGAUCAAAAUUUUCAUGACAGUAAAAAUGGAGAAAAAAUUAAGCCGAAUCAAAACAUCACAACCAGCAUUAACCUUGCGGAUGGUGGAGUGCCCCCUCAAUUGUCUCAGCACCCUGGUAUUCCUCGGGAGGGACUUGGUCUAUCUGAUGGUGGAAUCCCACCACAAGUGAUUCUUUCUCCUCAUUUACCUAUCUCUUCACAAGCAAUUGAUCUUAGCUCUCUUGAAGCUCUGGGAUCCAAUGUCAUGAAAUUCUCCCAACGUUCACCAUCUACACCUAUUGUUGUUCCUCCCAGCCAGGUGCCUCGUGGUGUGCCAGCUUCAAUUUGCUUUAAAACUGGUCUUGCUCACCUUGAGCAGAACCAACUUCCUGAUUCCUUAUCUUGCUUUGAUGAGGCUUUUUUUACUCUUGCUAAGGAUCAUUCCAAUGGAUCUGAUAUCAAAGCGCAAGCUACUAUUUGUGCACAUUACAAGAUUGCUGUAGCCAUACUGCAGGAAAUUGCACGGCUCCAAAAGGUACAUGGAUCGAGCACAAUCAGCGCCAAGGAAGAGAUAGCAAGGCUGUCUCGCCAUUUAGCCUCCCUUCCACUCCUUGCAAAGCACCGCAUCAACUGCAUACGCACGGCCAUCAAGCGAAACAUAGAUGUUCAGAACUUUGGCUAUGCAAAGCAGAUGCUCGACCUCCUCCUUGUCAAGGCUCCCCCGAGCAAGCAAGAUGAGCUGCGAAGCCUCAUCGAAAUGUGUGUGCAGAGAGGACUUUCUAACAAGUCAAUUUACCCACAAGAAGACCCCUCUCAGUUCUGUGCUGCGUCACUUAGCCGCCUCUCCACCAUUGGCCAUGACAUUUGUGACCUUUGUGGCUCAAAAUUCUCUGCUCGGUCCUCACCUGGUUGCAUUGUCUGUGGCAUGGGUUGCAUCAAGAGAUCAGAUGCUGUUGCUGCAUCUCCUGCACCCUCUCCAUUUGGCUGAUCUUUUUCCCUUAACUUGUCAUGUUACAUUGAGCAUGCAUGAUUUUUUUUGCUUCAUUGAGCAUGUAAGUGUAUUUGUUCUUUUAAAAAUUUUCAUUCAUUUAUUGUAAAAAUGAAUAGUAUUUGGUUACAGAAAGAUUUUAAAAGUUUACAAGUCAGAGAUGGAAUCUCAUUUGUUCAUACUUCUAUCAUUAUAAGAGUAUCUAUUUAUUAUUUCAUUUAAUAAACGAACAUUUUGUUGCUUA